UGAAGCCAGGAGCGGGAGUUCGGCGGGAAAAUGGAGUCGGGCGGACCUGAGGUCGCCGCCGUUCAGGAUCCAGAGGUGGAGGGUCCCGGAGGAAAAAUCGAGCCCGAGGCCCAGGUUCAGACGCCGGAGAUAGGGACAGAGAGCGAGACGCAGGCCCGGGAGUCUGAUGGGACGCACCUGGCGGCCGAGACCCAGGCUCUGGAACAAGACCCGAAGCCCGGGAGCAGCGGACCCACGGCAGGAGGACAGGCGGACGAGGCCGGGAGCUCGAAUCGCUUCAGACUGUUCUCGGUGGCGAUGGAGACGACGGUGCAGAAGUUGCUGGAAGCGGCCAGCUUCAAGAGGUUUGCAGAGUGCUACAGUCCCAUUCACGAGAUUCUGCCGCAGUUCACGCACAGUGUCCACAAGCAACUCAUCACCCAGCUCCAGACCUCGAUCCAGGAAGAGAUUAAUCAGAUCUCAGAAGACGGACUCUUUGAACGAGCCCUCCCUAAACUUGAUCAGCUGGAGAGAGAGUCUGAAGCAAGGACAGUACCAGCUUGGCGCCCCACGGGGACCCCUGCCGAGGACUUGCGCGCCCACUUGGUGUCCUGCCAGUUGCAGCAGCGACAGUAUCUGCAGCUGAAGCUGCGGAAGGCACAGGAGGAGAAUGCGGCGCUAGCACGGGACGUGCUGCAGGGCCGCAAGCGGGUGGAGACCCUGCGACAACUGCGGGACAAUCAGUUCCAGGCUUGGCAGGAAUGCAACCACAUCUGUCAGAAGUUCAAGCUGAGCUCGCCAUGAGGAGUGGGGAGCGCCUGGGAUGUGGACGCUUGGCUCUUGGGGGGUAGGGAGGUUCCUGGUCGCCUCCCUUCCCGGUGACUCCCGAGAGAGGUGUGAAAGUUCUCUGCUUCUGGUCCUAAGAGGCUCAGGGGGGCAGGGGAGGGAAGGAAGGGAAGUGUAUGUGUAUCUUACUCACUGUUUUGUCCAUCAUUCUCUGAAGCCCCAGCUUGGAGGCUGUGAUGCCCUUGGAGGGUAAAAUAUUAAUGUAGAAGGAAUUGACUCAUUAUUCAACCCGUGUCCUGGCAAUGUCUAUUUGGACAAUAUAGAGGAAGCUUCACUCUGUGUCUGACUCCAGGAGUGCUGAGAUGGGACAGUGUGGAGGGAUCUUCACUCUCCUUUCAUGUUGAGACACAGAUUGCAAGAGCCACGUGACUCUGGGACUUGUAUUUGCUUUAUGAAGUCUAGGGCAGUACUUAACUCCUCAUCCUUAAUCUGCAGGAGCUGGUCUGGCCCUGGGCUGUGUAAAGUUGAUGAUUGUUCACCCACUGGACUUCAGGCAGACCCAGCCACUAUGGCAGAGCACAAGUUGGUCUGAUGUUAUUGUGGGGUUAUCGACCAGCUCAGUGGCCUGAUGUUUCACGCCCUCUCCCCCUUGCAUUGCUCCCCCCUGCUCCAGUGCUGGCUUGGCUGGUACCUGUGGGCAGAGGGAGCAGAGUUUGCUCCUUGGAGAACACCCUUUUCACCACCUUGUCGCUGUCGGACAUCGAUCUGUGUGCAGGAGGGCUCACCAGGCCUGGCAGCUUGCACAUCCUAGCAAAGGGGAAGUGGGGGUUAAGGGAAGGGGUGAGCAUUGUGUCACAAUUACAAAAGCAGUCAAUUCUAAACCAUUCCUGUAUUCUGU